AUGGAUGACUUUGCCAAGCUCAAAUUCAUCGACUUGUCUACCUUAUGCGUUUCCAGGAAUAAACACCUGAAGCUUCCCGAGCAAAACUCUGGGCAACUGAAAUUUUUUGAGAAGAACCAGCACUUCUUUGAUGUGCGAGUGUAUGAUGACAUCGCGUGGAACAAUUAUCUCCUAGAAACAAUUAAAUCAAACACCGACGGAGUAGUUAUACUAUUUGACUGCUUUUUAGAAUGGCACAAGAUUCAGCCGAUGUUUCUGAGGGGCUCCCAAUCUAAUCAUUUAUUUGUCGUUUCGGAGUUUACUGCAAUUGAGGAAUUGUCGAACAAACUCUCCAAGUUUGAAGAUAUCUUGCUCAAACUGGAUGUCGAGGCAAGGAAGUUACCACUUAAGGGCAUUGUGCUAACCAAUAUGUCAGUUUAUUACUGGCAAUCAAAAGAUAACGGUAAAAAGACCUGGUUUUCUGUGGUUGACCAAUUGGAACGAUUGCAGGCCAAAUACGGGUGCACGAUUAUACGUGGAAUGUGGGACUUUACCUCUAAAAGGGAAUAA